AUGCUGACAUUCGACCCCCCAAAACUGGCGAAACCCCGGGUGGUCGAGGAAAAAGACAAGAGGACCUUCCUCCAGGAUCCGGUCUGGGACCAGGUUGCCGUCUAUCUCAUAGGGAAUCAGCAGAGAUUUCGGGAUAAUAUUGUAAUUCCUCGAGGAGUCGUGCCAGUUCACAUAAAAACUAAUGAAGAGAAGGCCAUCGAGGCGGCUAUGGAGAGCUGCGUUUUCAAGAGUAUCAUGAGCUGUGUUCUAGGUUUUGGACUGGGUGCUGCAAUAGGUUUAUUCAGUUCUAGUGUCAAUCCUAAUGUUGCUGCUGUAGAAAAACAACAAUCAGCACGUGAAAUCUUCAGGGAAAUGAAGACAACGACUAUCGGAUAUGCUAAGAAUUUCGCAGCCAUAGGAUGUGUAUUUUCUGCUGUUGAAUGUUGUAUAGAAUCUUACCGUGGAAAAACCGAUUGGAAGAAUGGUACGUACGCUGGUGGCCUAACUGGAGGUCUCAUUGGUCUCAGGGGUAAGUCUUUGACGUCUCAAAUGAGAUCUUAUAAAUAUUGUAAAAUUCAAAUCAAUUUCCUCAAUAAUUUAUUUCAGCCGGUGUCAAGGCGGGUAUAAUCGGUGCUGCUGGCUUUGCAGCUUUCUCAACUGCUAUUGACUACUACAUGCACAAAUAAGCCAGACCGUUGUACAUAAUCAUGUAAAUGAAAUUAUUAUAAUUAAAUUGUGCACGUUUUGCACGUGGGUUGGAAAAUCUUGCAUAAGUACUGAAAUAAACCUUAAACUUAGUGACAAAA